UUGUUUGACAUAAUUACCCUUAACUUUUGUAGAAAACAACCAAAUUAGAAACUUACAGGUUACCCCAAUAGUCAACGGAAAACGAACUGGCGCCAAACGGUCACCAUAAGUACGGCAUGUGGACACAAAACCAUCCAAAUUACAAAAACCCGGCGACAAAAAAUAAAAGAAAGGCAAAAAAAUAUCACCGAUGUGUGCGCAUUGCGCACCAAUCAAAUCUCUGAAGCCUAGAAAUUGUGUAUUUGCAUAAACUAUAAACCUCAGAGGCUAACGUACGCUUCCUGCAAAAAACGAACUCUCUGUGCUAUUUGUUUCUGCAGCUGUGCUUCCCAUGGCGUCCGUGCCUUUUCCUCCUCUCUUCCUCUGCUCCAACCCUAAUUCUCUCGCUCUCGGUUCCAUAGUUUCCGAAAAAUUGAGGUUUGGUGGUUGUCGUGCUUUUGGAUUGGGAACUGUCAGGAAGAGUCGGAGACGAACUGCUACUAGUUUUGUAUGCAAAGCGUCCUCCGUUACUUUUCGCGAUCUCGACGCCGACGAUUUCCGCCAUCCUCUUGAUAAACAGAACACGCUGAUUUUGAGGGCAAUUCCGGGUUUGAAUGAACUUGGAAAGGCUUUACUAGCUAUUGCAGGGUCUGUUACAGAGCAAAUCAUGCUUCUCGAGAAUAUAGGAACAUCAGUUCUUGUUUCUAAAAAUCAGCUAUCUGAACUUCAUCAAUUGAUGAUUGAAGCCGCGGAGAUACUGAACAUCGAACCCCCAGACCUUUAUGUUCGCCAAAGUCCUGUACCAAAUGCAUAUACUUUGGCCGUAAGUGGUAAACAGCCAUUUGUUGUUAUUCAUACCAGCCUUGUGGAGCUUUUGACACGAAAGGAGUUGCAGGCUGUUUUGGCUCAUGAGUUGGGUCAUCUGAAAUGUGACCAUGGUGUCUGGCUUACGUUUGCAAAUAUUCUUACCCUUGGAGCUUAUACUUUACCUGGGCUUGGUGGGUUUAUAGCUCAGAGUUUAGAAGAACAGUUAUUCCGUUGGCUUCGAGCAGCAGAGCUAACUUGUGAUCGUGCAGCUUUACUUGUUGCUCAAGAUCCUAAGGUGGUCAUCUCUGUGCUGAUGAAAUUAGCUGGGGGUUGUCCAUCUUUGGCUGAACAACUAAAUGUGGAUGCAUUUCUAGAGCAAGCUCGAUCUUAUGAAAAAGCUUCAUCAAGUCCAGUGGGGUGGUAUAUAAGGAAUGCUCAAACAAGGCAACUUUCACAUCCUUUGCCUGUUCUACGAGCUCGUGAGAUAGAUGAAUGGUCUAGAAGUACUGAUUACAGAACUCUUCUGAAGCGUGCAAUACAGACCAGUGCUGUAUGAACAAUUAAGCAUUUCCCUGGAGAUAGGAGUCAAAAUUUUAUAGCUGAUAGUUGCUAUAGGUAUGGUGGUUUUUUUCUUUUAUGUUUCAGUGUCCAAUGGUUAUCACAUCACAGCAAGGUGCACAAAAGAGGAAAGGAAAGACUUGCUCAAGAUUUAAAUCUGCUAUGAAACCUUCCAGUUACUGGAUCUGAAGACUAACAAUGAAGUCAUAAGCUGGCUAGUUUUUCCAUGUCAAUUUUGUGCAUUUUGCAAUGUAUAGUUGUCGAAGUAUCAUCUAAUACUUGCAUACAGUUCAUAUAGAAUCAGGUUGUUGUGUAAGUUCUCGUUGGCACAGGUUCUCAAAUAUAUCUGGAAAUUUACUUUGUA